AUGCCGAAAUGCAUUCACAAGCACUUUGGACGAGGAGCACGCCUCAUUCUGACAAGUUAGUGUUAUAAUUCUUGAAAAUGUUCAAUUUUUUUUUAACUUUCAGAAACGCGCAAUGAGAGCACCAUCGGCAACUACGCCAACUGCAGUAACCGGAGUGACGGCUCUUCAGCCGUCUUACAAGAAUCGGCGAUUGCACAUGAACAAUACGAAUCAGAAGAUGGACUGGACAAUAUGAAUGGGCGACAGGACGAAAUGGGCCUUCGCGGACAAUACGAAGCAGAGGAGCUACACAGACACGAGGAACAGUACGAAGUGACCGACACAUAUGAAGGUAAAAUAUUGCAAACGCUCGGGUAGAGCUAUUCUAUGAUUGUAUGCUGCAGAUUUGCGAGAAGCCGUUCGAAGAGCACCCGACAACGUUAUUCAAUUUCUGCUAUCGGCGUGUAUGUCUAGGUUAUCACAGAGAGGUGCACUAGAGUUUUAAACAAAUAUCUACGGUCAUUUCUUUCAGAAUUUGAGAGAUUCUUGACCGUGCACAGCGACAAGUUUGUUUCGGAUGUAAACCAAAUUUGGAAUCAUUCAAGAACUGUUCAUUCCACGCAUUACUUUUGCAACCGGUGUGGAAAAUCGUGUGAGCGGCAAGAAAAUUGGUUUGUUUCCGUUUCGUUACAUGUUAUUGGCAAGCUGAUUUCACAUAAUUUCCAGUUGCGGUCCUCUAGUCAAAUUCGUUCGCGUCGGCGUCUGUUCCCAACUGUCAGAAGUUCUUCAUCACAAUUUCGCAUCAAUAACAGCUCUCCGGGAGCAAUUGAGAACUGGAGUAGAGUGUGACCACAUUCUCCGAAGUCCGUUUUUCAAGCACAUGCGCCGACUUGAAAGGAAGAGCAACGACCUCCGUCUCUCCGGAGUACUUUCCGUUGACGGAGUGGCCGUCCCUGGAACUUGCCGGUUAGUUUGCGAACCCACUACAAGUAUGUAAAACGUUGUUUUCACAGAAAAAUUUGGCCAGUUUCCACUAUGAUAGCUGAUCUGACGAUGGCUGAGAUGCAACAGUGCUCCAACGUUUUGCUUAUCGGAAUCGCCGAGUGCAUAGAAAACCCGUUCACGACAUUCUGGAACUGCAUUCUUCCGAUGAUUAUGUCGGAUUGUGAGCACGAAAAUGUGAUUGUGAACGGAUACAACUGCUUUUUCCGUUGUGUUACGGUAUCCGCCGAUCAACCGGUGAGCUUUUCAUGAUUUUAACCCUGGCACAACUACGGUUUUAGGCGAAAAGAAGUUUAUUCGGAAUCCGUGCUCAUCAAUCCUCCCUAUCCUGUUUCUAUUGCUUGUCACCUGGUACGACAUUCAAGCUACGUGGAGCAGGUACAUUUGGUUUCCAAACACAUUCUGAAUUCUAUUUUCCAGACAGACGUCGAAUCCGGCCCGGAGACUUUACAGUUGAAGACUCCAGAAGGGGGACGAACGGUUUUGUGGACGUUCCCUCGGCAUUGGUACCGCUUAUUCUUCCCUUCGAAACCCCUAUUGAUAUUUUACACGGGUUGGGUGAAGGGAUCUUUGAAAUGAUUCAAAAAGGUUGCGUUACAUUUCCAGAACAACUUGCUCAUAGACCAGUUUCAGAACUGUUUCCCAAAGGUUCCAAUUUCGAACGGAAGUCCGAUAUUUUCAUUGUGAACCAACUUAUUCUGACGGAAGAACUUCGCAGGGUUGUGUUGCAUUCAAACUAUUAGCAAGUUGGAGAUGGAAGAAAUAGAACCGACAAAAUUAACGUUGGUUUCAACUGUUAGUUUCGCAGGAAGCCACAAGUCAAAUGAAUUUCAGUACUUUCGGCUUCCUCUUUGCUUGGUAGCUGUUAUCUCCAAAACAAUUCCCUUGCGCGGUCGCCUCGUAAUAACCAGUCUUUCUUUAUUAGCCAGUAGGUUGUAUACCGGAGCAUCUGCGGCUCCCGAUUUCGAUGAACAACUGACCUCCUGCGCACGGUGGUUCCUUUCCGAAGGAAGCGAACGAUAUCUGUCGUGUAAAGCACAUGUGAGCUGGAUUUUUAGCGAAACAUUGAUUUUCAUAUUUCCAGGAGUUUCUUUUCCACUUUUCCCAACGUCUCCAAAGCUCGCGAGAAGGCAAUUGUUCAGGGCAUCUUCAGCAAUGUUUCACGAGGUCGACAGUUUGCUGAACACACGGGGAACGAUCCAUCGAAUUAUGAAUCGGAAUCGACAAGCUCAAAGGUUUCCAGGAGCUCCCACUAUUCAAUCAAGCCUUUUUCAUUACAGAUCUUCUCGGACCGAAUCGGAAACUACUUGCAACCCACUCCUCAGUUUUCACACUCUGCAUUCGAAGCACGUGCUGAACUGCAUGAAGCGAACGCGGAAAACUACGGCCACGCGAACAAUGACAGUCCCGAGGAUUGCGAGGAACUCACACCGCUCAGUAAUGUACAUUUCGAUUAUCCGCAUUCCCACCCAGCGUCGUCGUCGAUGUAUCAAAAUGACGGUAACUACGAUUCGCAGUGGGGAAUGCUAUCAACUCCGCGAUACAUGAAAAACCGCCUGUCUUCCUCUUCGCCGUCAAAACCGAAUGGACCGCCGGAGAGCAGUUCAAAUGGGCGAUGGCAUCCCAUUGGAUUUGGGAUGGCUAAUUUGUACAACAAAGAGACAGCAACUCCGUAUUCUCGCGAAAUCUGCGAUGUAUGUUCUUCUCCCCACCAUUUCUAAACGAAAUCGUAUUUUUCAGGAAAACUUCAGAAAACUGACAAGAACGGAUAAAGAAACAGAUUAUUAUCCCUUUCUCAACCUUGCGUCCAAGUUCCAUGGAAGAGACGAAUACCUCGAACAAAUGGCGGUCGGAAUGGCUUACCAUACAGAGCACGUAUGUUUUUCGCCAUCUUUCGUCUAACGAACGUCCACAUUUCAGAACAAUAAGUGUUUGCGAAGAAUAAAGGGAAAGGAAAAAGCGACCACGUCUUCGGAGAAUUUAUUUCAUGAUUUCACUUCAUCACAGCAGCAAACUGUUUCAGAAUCUCAUCAUUCCUGAGCACGGAUUCUGUUUGGGAGCUGCAAAAAUUGAAGAACAAACUAUUAUCUUGCCCAGUGGAGCUGCAUUCAAGCUCAGUGAGUUUUUGGCGCCGUACGACACCAACCGGUGGUCUUCGUCAUCAUUCGAUACGGAUGCGAAGUCGUUGCUCAGAAAAGUGUUUACAAAAGUGAGACGAAGGAGGCUUUCGUAGAUAUUUGUGGUUGUCACAGGUCGCAGAUAUGGAUCGCUACUUCCCUGCCUACACUUCAUCCGAUUCGUCGACUGGCCUCUAUGUUUAA